GCUAUGACCAUCUCAAAUCCCUAGCCUCAUAUUGACUUGGGGUCAGGUUAUUCCCAGGACCAGUUGAGAGUCCAGAGAGUUGGUCGGGAGCUAGUCAGUGUUCAAUCCGCCAGGACUAUCCGCACUCCAAGUCGCAACAGAGUGCAAAGGCUUGGAGGGGGGAUUUGGCUGGAGCCAUUGAUAAAGCUGCUGCGUCCGGUGCAUCUUCCAGCGCAGAAGCCAGGUUCUCAAACAUGCGGUCCAGUGGCAGCCAAUGGAGAUAGCCAAGACUACGGAUAGCGCAAGGCCGGGCUUUUCAUAAACCCCAAGAUGGGCCGCAUCGCCUUUUCUCGACUUUCUAUCAUAUCACUUAUAUACUUGCUCGUUCUCGGCAUAUCAGCCUCGCCAACCCGCACAUAUCCCUCCGAGCGGAUUCGCCGUGACCUUGUCAACCCAUCGAACAUUCCCCAGGGGCAUAACGACACCGUCAUAUGUGUCUACCCCAUCAGUGGGCAAUACGGCUCCCUCCCACGAGUUCUCUACUAUGUCUCACUCGUUGUUGGAAUUGUCGGCCGGUAUCAACAAUGGCUAGUCAUCGGAGCUCUCGCCUCCGCUUUAUCAUACGCUGGUUCCACUGCUAUUCACAUGCUCGCUCUAACGAAAUCGCGCGCGCCGGUUUUUGAUCUAGAUAUUCUUGGUGCGUGGGCGAUACUCACGACCGGAUGCAUGGCCUUUGCGGCUAUGGUACAUUGGUCCUCCGCGCUUCGGCAAUCAGGAGGCAAGCUGGUGAUUGUUUUGUGGGGAGGACUCAUUGGAAUUGGCUGUAUUACCGGUCGAUCCUUGCUUCUCGAUGUUCAUUCCGAUGCGGAGCCCGCGUGUAGGUCUGCUAAUGGAGACCUUUUAACCAGCACUUCCGAGCUCGUCUCUCCACUAUUCAAAUGCACGUAUAAAUGUUUCUCCGCAAAGACGCCCAUGCGGCAAACAAACGAAAUCACCGCUAUACCCACCGACCAGCUUCUUGGAACAUAUGCUAAUCUCGGUGUUGUUCUCAUUGUCCCCAUUAUAGCGGCGGCGCAGAAAUCCGUCGCUUUCAACUGGAGUCAGCAUACCCCUUCGUAUGCUUGCACGGCGAUAGUCAUGACGUGUAUAAAUAGCUCAUUGAACCUACGCCUCUCUCAGAACACGUACAAUGCUGCCUGCCAGACCUGGUACGGUGGAUACAUCCUUCUAUUCCACUACAUGUGCAAAGCGAAAUUUAAACUUGGCCUCAAAAAAUUCCUUAUGGUAUCAAUCGUCGCUCCCAUUAUGUUUUUUGAUCUAUUCUUCGACCUCGCCGCUCUACCCCUAUUCGUUGCGAACAUCAUAUUCAACGAGCUUAACUUGCUGAAAACCAAUAUCCCCGUGGAAGAAGAAUAUAGUUCUGUGGGCCAGUGGUCGCCGGUCGUGUCUGCAGCAUUGGUGCUAGCGGCCUCCGUAAUCAAUCGAUCCGCCGAAUGGUGGAAGAUGAAGAAACAGCGAAGGCAACGAACAAUGCCGGAACAGGAGGAAAUACAGCUCGCUCCUUGGCCAACGAAUUCACAACAACCACCGCUGAAGCACAGUAUUUAUCCCGGUCAACAGGAAAGCGGUGUUGUGAUCCGGGAACUAACACCACAGAAAACACUUAGGAUUGAUUCAUUGGAGCACGAGCCAUUGCCGCAAGCUCUCGUUCGUGAACACAGAUUUGUAUAAUAAGAUGAGCAAUGAGUAUCAUCUAACUUCAAUUAUAUCUUAA